CACACAUGGACGCGCAGGAGCAGCCCAUGUUACACUCUCAAGGCAAAGGAGCUCGAAGGAAAGGUCGAUUCAAAGGUUCGGACGGCAGCACCUCCUCGGACACCACAACCAACAGCCUCGUGCGCCAGGGUUCGGCCGACUCCUACACCAGCCGUCCAUCAGACUCCGAUGUGUCCUUGGAGGAGGAUAAGGAGGCCGUGCGAAGAGAAGCAGAGCGACAGGCUCAGGCGCAGCUCGACAAGGCCAAGACCAAACCAGUUGCAUUUGCUGUUCGCACAAAUGUCAACUACAGCCCGAGUCACGAUGACGACGUCCCGGUGGCAGGCAUGGCCAUCUCCUUCGAUGCUAAAGACUUCCUCCACGUCAAAGAGAAAUUCAACAAUGACUGGUGGAUAGGACGUCUGGUGAAGGAAGGCUGUGAAAUCGGUUUCAUCCCCAGUCCAGUGAAGCUUGAAAACACUCGUAUCCUCCAGGAGCAGAGAGCCAAACAGGGCAAGUUCCACUCCAGUAAAUUGGGAGCAAACUCAUCUUCCAGUUUAGGUGAAGUGGUUCCUAACUCACGGAAAUCUACUCCUCCUUCGUCUGCCAUUGACAUAGAUGCCACAGGCUUAGACCCCGAGGACAAUGAGCCCCCCGUCCAGCUGCGCUCCCCUAAAGCCAGUCCAAACACUGUCAUGUCGCCCCUAGCAAAAGAGAAACGAAUGCCCUUCUUUAAGAAGACGGAACACAUUCCUCCGUACGACGUUGUGCCUUCCAUGCGACCCGUGGUUCUGGUUGGACCGUCACUGAAGGGCUACGAGGUUACAGACAUGAUGCAAAAAGCUCUGUUUGACUUUUUGAAACACAGAUUCGAGGGAAGAAUAUCAAUCACUCGCGUCACGGCCGACAUCUCUCUUGCCAAGCGCUCGGUCCUAAACAAUCCCAGCAAGCACGCCAUCAUCGAGCGCUCCAACACGCGCUCGAACUUGGCCGAAGUCCAGAGUGAGAUUGAGAGGAUUUUCGAACUGGCCCGCACGCUACAGCUGGUCGUUCUGGACGCCGACACCAUCAACCACCCGUCACAGCUGGGGAAGACUUCCCUCGCCCCCAUCGUCGUGUACGUCAAAAUCACCUCCCCCAAGGUGCUGCAGCGGCUCAUCAAGUCUCGAGGCAAGUCUCAGGCCAAACACCUCAACGUCCAGAUGGUGGCUGCUGACAAACUGGCUCAGUGCACUCCUGAGAUGUUUGACAUCAUUCUUGAUGAGAACCAGCUGGAGGAUGCGUGUGAGCAUAUGGCCGAUUACCUGGAGGCCUACUGGAAAAGCACCCACCCCACCAGCUGCAACCCUCCCAACCCACUGCUAACGAAGCUGCCCACUGCCGCCCUGCCCUCCAGCCCGGCCCCGGUCCCCGGCGUGCAGGGAAGCGGUGCAGAGCAGAAGGGAGAUAAAGCUUUAGUGGAGAGGAAGGGCUCCAAAGAGGAUCACCAUCACCACCACCACCACCACCACCACCAGAGCCAGGAUCAGGGUGACGCCGACGCAGAGGUCGAGGGGGAGGCCAACGAGGAGGAGAGGCCCCUGAGGUCGGAGUCCACCAGGAGAGCGCAGCACAUCCACCACCGUUCGUCUUCCACCAGGACUGAGCAACACAACCACCACCACCACCACCAAAGCAGCCGAGCCAGGGGCCUCUCCCGGCAGGAGACUCUGGACUCUGAGACCCCCGAGAGCCGAGAAAGCCGAGAAAGCCGGGAGAGCCGAGAGAGCAAGGACUCUGCUUACAUUGAGCCACGCACUCAGGUGCUCCGACAGGAAGAGGAGGAGGAGGAGGAGGAGGAUGAGGAGGACGAGGAGGAGGACGAGGAGGAGGACGAGGAGGACGAAGAUCUAGGGGAGGGGCACCCCCAGCAGCAACAGCGCUACGAGCCGCUGCCCCACCGGGACCACAACCACCAUCACCACCACCACCAUCACCGGGGCGCGGCCGAGGAGCCUGCUCACGGCACGGGACACCACCGCUCCAAAGAGCGCGAGCAGGACCAUAACGAACGCAACAAGCAGCGCUCUCACCACCACCACCGGCCGGCACGCGACCACCACCACCACUACUACGACCGGGACAGAGACAGGGACCGGGAGGGGGAGGUGGCCCCCAAAAAGAGGGGUGAUGCAGGGGAGUGGGUGAGAGACUCCUACAUCCACCAGUGA